AUUAGUUGCAUUCAUUUUUGUUCCACCUUUUUCAUAGAUUUAUAAUUGACAAAGCUCAAAAUGUUAAAAUAUGUUAAAGAAAACUAGAAUGAUGUCUUUGUUAGGUCAACAACCAUUGGUUAUUGACCUCUAAUCGAGGCACAAAAGUCCAUUCAAUAUAUGUAAUAUAAGUUUAAUAUACAGGCAUCUUGCAUACGUAUGACAUACACAAAUAUGUAUUCUAAUAAGUUUCGAAUAAAGAAACAUACUAUAUUCAAUCAUUUUUCUGCUUUUUAUAAAUGUCGAACAUAAAAGACCAUAAAAAGGAAAUAAUGAACAAUAAUAGCAUUCAUAUAUGUAUAAUUUAUUUUAAUAAAGUACAAUAAUUUUAAAUGUAAUGCAAAGUUUAAAUCAAAAGUACUGUUCUCUGUUUAUACAUUGAGAUAAAGGGUGUUUGGCAUAGAGAUAUCUCUGCAUAUACACAUAUACCUAUAAAUUUAAUCAGGAAUUGUAUUAGGUGGAAGUUUAUGUUACACAUAACACAAAUUUAAAAUGCGUUUAGUGAUUUGUGACACAGUGGAUCAUGUAGCAGAAUGGUCUGCAAAAUAUGUUUUAAAAAGAAUCAAUGAUUUUCAGCCGAAUAAGGAUAAAUAUUUUGUUCUUGGUCUUCCAACAGGUGGCACACCUUUGGGAAUGUACAGAAAACUUAUAGAAUAUCACAAAGAAGGCAAACUUUCCUUUCAAUAUGUAAAGACAUUCAAUAUGGAUGAAUACGUCGAUUUACCUAGAGAUCAUCCAGAGUCUUAUCAUUAUUACAUGUAUAAUAAUUUUUUUAAACAUAUAGAUAUCAAUCCGGAUAAUGUACAUAUUCUUGAUGGUAAUGCAUCGAAUCUUGUACAAGAAUGCGACGAUUUUGAGAAGAAAAUCAAAGAUGCUGGUGGAAUUGAAUUGUUUAUUGGUGGUAUUGGUCCAGAUGGACACAUAGCUUUCAACGAACCAGGUUCCUCUUUGGUAUCGCGUACAAGAGUAAAAACAUUGGCACAAGAUACCUUACAAGCCAAUGCAAGAUUCUUUGGAAACGAUAUUUCAAAAGUUCCAAAACAAGCACUGACUGUUGGUGUUGGCACUGUAAUGGAUGCUAAAGAAGUAAUGAUUCUCAUUACAGGAUCUCAUAAAGCGUUUGCCCUUUAUAAAGCGAUAGAAGAAGGUAUCAAUCAUAUGUGGACUGUGUCAGCCUUUCAGCAGCAUCCUCGUACAAUUAUUGUUUGCGACGAAGAUGCGACUCUAGAAUUACGUGUGAAAACUGUGAAAUAUUUUAAGGCUCUCAGUGCUGUACAUCACAAAUUGAUUGAAGAAGAUGGAGAUGCAAUUCCUCGUUGUUCAAUACAAAAUUAUUUGUCAAAAUGGUAGUUACUUAUUCAUUGUUAUAUGAAUAUAAUUUUUGGGUAUGUUUUACAUUUGAAAGCUGUAUUUGAUAGAACGAACAUUCUGUCAAAUUUAUUUGUUAUCAGUAUUCAAUGAGUUUAAGAAAAAGAAAGAUAAUAUGAUAAGUAAGAUUAUGAGAUACGGUCGAAAUGGUAGUGCAAACAGGUAUUAUAUAUAAUUUUAUUUUUGGAAAAUUAAAUUUGAAAAUUUUUAAAAAUAUUUCUAAGAAAAUUUGUAUACGCCACGUAAGCCAUUUCAUCAAUUCUUUGGUUAAUUCAACAAUUAGUGGAUCUUACAAGUUAACAUCGCUGAAGUAUAUUAACAGUUAGUGUUCUUUAUGACAUAUUGUUACCUAUCAUGUUUUCAUUGAAAUCCAUGACGCUAUACAUUAGUGAUUAGAUAGAUAUACUAACGAUGAGACUACACAUACCGAAUGUAUAGCGUUUAGUAUAAUCUGCGGUGUCACGAAACAACAUUUUUUCACAGAUAAUCAAUUCCUUUUUUAUUUCACUAUCAUUUCGACCGCAAAUUGUAUCAAUUAUAUACAAAUUUUGUAUACAGUACAGUCUGUAAUGUUUUGUUUUUCACAGAAUUUAUGGAACAUUUAUAGACUCCGUGUUACUGUUAAACAUAAAAAGAUUUGAAGUCUCGAAUAAAAAAAAUAAAAAAAAUUAAAAAGAUGGGUCUGAGGAAGGUGACACGAGUUUCGUGUAUGUUACGUAUUGAAUAAUAUUUUACCGUAAACACUAUAUGAUGUAUGUAUUAUAUACGUAUUAGUUUUAUUAAAACACCAAUUAUUAUAUUCUUACAAAUUUUUGUUUUCAAAAAACAAAAAUGUUAUAUUUUUGUAUUAUUAUACUUUUUCAUGAAUAAACUUACCCUUUUUAUCACGUAA